AUGGCUUCGAGAUUCUCCCGCUUGGUCGAUCGGACGAAGCAGGUAUUAUCCCGGGAGCCGCCCCGCACCGGCAGAACGAGCCAGGGUGUGGCGGUGGAGCACCCGCAAGGCCUCGAGGUUGUCUCUGAGGGGCAGGAUCCGAUCGUCGACAUCGUCGCACUGCAUGGGCUCAACGGCCACCGAGAGAGAACAUGGACGGCGGAAAACGGCGUCCACUGGCUCCGAGACCUCCUCCCCGAAGACCUCCCACACGCGCGCAUUCUCUGCUGGGGCUACAACGCGAACACCCAUGCCGCCGACCGAGUGAGCUGGCAGUCUCUCUACGACCAUGCGAGAACCCUGGUGUCCGACCUGUGUAGGAAGCGAAAAUUGACAAAUGGCGGCAACGGCGUCCAGCUAGGGCGCGUUCUCGCCAAUGUAGCGUCUCUCUUCGUGGCAGCCAACGACCGGCUACUGAAACAUCUCGCGCGAGACUCGGAGUGGUUGCAGCAGCAGCUGGGACAAUACGCAUCCAUCAUCAACGAUUUUGUGACAAAGUAUGCCUUUAAAGAGUAUGAAACCCCGACCGUUCUGGGGCGCAGAAUUGUGCUAAACGCAAGGGAUAAAACAUCGCUGAACCAGAGCUUCCGGCAUGUAGCGGUAAGAAUUCUGCAGGAGCACCCAGGUUUGAGCUACAUGCAGACCGCAGUGUCGGACAAAGAUGGCGAUGCAUCGCUGGCUGUUAGGAGGUGGCUGGACGAACCAACGAAUGAACGAUGGCUGUUGAUAUACGACAACUAUGACCACCCCAAGAUGGGAGGCGACGAAGCGCCGGCUGAAAACAGUAGCAACUCGGGUCAGCAUGGCGAGGCGGAUCAACCAGCGCCAGAGGGCUACGAUAUUCGUCCGUACCUCCCGGAUACAGACCAUGGAGCGGUCAUCUUGACGACGCGAUCAUCGACAGUUCAAAUCGGGGAGCUUCUGCGAUUGGAAAAAUUGCGAAAGACAGAAGACAGCCUUCGCAUUCUAGAGUCGACGUCGGGUCGCACUGGAGUCCAAGACGUAACAGACGCUGCCGCCGUGACCCUUGCCCGCAAACUUGGCGGUCUGCCGCUUGCCUUAUCCACGGCUGGCACAUACCUCACGCAGGUCUCGACGUCGUGGGAACAAUAUUUGCAAGACUACGAGAGUGCGUGGGGCCAGCUGCAGAAGCUGAGUCCGCAACUCCUCACGUAUGAGAAUCGUGCGAUGUACUCGACCUGGAACAUCUCCUUUGCGAGCAUCCGCCGCCAGAGCGAAUCCGCCACGAUGCUGUUGCGAUUGUGGGCAUUUUUCGGCAACGGAGACCUGUGGUAUGAGUUGCUACGGCGAGGAGGUACAGAGGAUGGGCCGAAGUGGCUCCAAGAUCUCACGGCGACCCGGCUCAUAUUUGACCAAAACAUGCGGGUGCUCUGCAGUCACGGGCUCGUGGAAGCACAUUCCAUAACGGCGCAAAACGGAUCAGAGUCUGGCGGCUAUAGCGUACACGCUUGUGUGCACUCAUGGAUGAUACACGUCCUGAAUGGUCCCAACGAGCAAGUAUUGGCAGUGCUGGCAUUGAAGUGUACAAGUCUGCAUGUGCCAGAACAGAACAUUCCGGAGUACUGGUUGAUUCAACGCAGGCUUUUGCUCCACGGUGAUCGAUGCCGGCAAUUGUUAAGCGAGACUGAUAACGAUGGGAACAGCGCCUGGGUAUCAGGAGCCCUAGGGGACCUUUAUUCAGAUCAAGGACGAUACAAGGAUGCGGAAGAAAUGUACGAGCGGGCGCUGGAAGACAAGGAGAAGGCGUGGGGACCAGAGCACACGUCGACGCUCUCUACAAUCUACAAUCUCGGCCUCCUAUACCACGAUCAAGGUCAAUAUAAGGAAGCAGAGGCGAUGCACGAACAGGUACUACAAUGUGAGGAGAUUGCGUGGGGACCAGAACACGUGUCAACGCUCCACACAGUUAACAGUCUCGGAAACAUUUAUAGCCACCAAGGUCGAUACAAUGAAACAGAGGCAAUGUACGAACAGGCACUCGAAAGCAAGGAGAAGGUGUGCGGGCCCGAGCACAUAUCAACGCUCGACACAGUCAACAAUCUCGCCGCUCUCUAUGUAGAGCAACGGCGAUAUCGGGAGGCAGAGGCGAUGUACCAGCGGGCGCUUGAAGGCUACGGGAAAGUGCAGGGACCGGAGCAUAUCUCGAUAGCUAGAGUAAUUCACAAUCUCGGAAACCUCUAUGCGGAGCAAGGGCGAUAUAAGGAGGCAGAGGCAUUGUUAAAGCGGGCACUGGAACGCAACGAAGAGGUGUGGGGACCCGAGCGCGAAUGGACCCUCUCCACAGUCAGCAAUCUCGGCCACGUCUAUAUAUACCAACAGCGAUAUACAGAGGCAGAAGCACUGUACGACCGGGCGCUAGAAGGCUACAAAAAGGUGUUGGGACCAGACCACCCAUCGACACUCAUAACCUUCGGUAGGCUCGGCGACCUCUAUGCAAAGCAAAAGCGAUACGAAGAGGCAGAGGUAAUAUAUAAGCGUGUACUGGAAGGCAAGGAGAAGCUGUACGGGCCGGGGCAUAUAUCAACGCUCGCCGUCGUUAACAACCUUGGAAUCUUCUAUUCAGAGCAAGGGCGACCUGAAGCGGAGGCGAUGAUCAAACGGGCGCUAGAAGGCUAUGAGAAGGUGUGGGGACCAGAGGAUAUAGCGGCGCUCGAAGUAGUCACCAAUCUCGGCUCCAUAUAUAAGGACCAAGGGCGAUUUAAGGAGGCCGAAGUGAUGUAUGAGCGGGUGGUGGAAGGCUAUCAGAAGUCGCAGGGUGAAGACGCUGUUACCUUUGUCCCUUUCUUGCAUACUGUCACCGACCUGGGGGACGUUAACGCCGCGUUAGGACAAGUGGUACGAGCGGGGGAGUUAUAUAAGAUAGCUCUUCCGGGUGUUCGACAGGUCUUUGGUGAUGGCAGCGACCAGCAUGAAAGGCUUGAACAUGCCCUGGCUAGUCUCUCUAGCUGA